AUGGGGCUCUUAGCGUCUUUUGGAAGAAUCGUUGCAUGUUGGGAGGCAGCACAGGUCGAGCUGCAUGGCUUUUACUCGGUGCAGCGCUCUCGGGAUUAUAUUCUGUACAGCAAGCGAACGAGUAUAUUUCGAGCUCUUGUGGUGCAAGCGUUGAUGCCGUGGCCGUGCGUUGUUAUCACAGUUCUUGCUGAUAUCAUCCCGAUGCGCCCACCGACAGAAGGAAACAACGCGACUUAUCCCUUCAUCAUUCGGACGCUGUUUAUCUAUUGGAUCUGCACUAUCGCAAUCAGUCUGUAA